UGGAUCAGAUGAAGCCUACCCGUAGGACCGUUAUCUUGUACACCCUCAAAUCAAAAUGGUUGUCGGUUGUUUAGCGUCUUGCCUAUACUUCCUUAUAAUAUGAUAUCUUUUUGUUUUUUUUUAUCAGUUUCCCCAACUUUAAAUCAAAAUAAUAUACAUUUUAUAUCUAGAUAUCAUAAUUCUAUAAACGAUUUUAUUAUAACAGUUAUUACAAAAUAAUUAGUUUGUAAAAUAAUGAAAACAAUAUCAAAUAAAUCAAUAUCUUAAAAUAUAAUAUAUUUCUUAUGUGUUGAUUAUUUUGAUUACUUAUAGCCACGCAUUUUCUUUAGUGAUUAUUAGAAUUAUAAUUAGUUUAACAUUAACUUAGAAUAUAUUUACAAUUAUCAUCAAGAUUUUAUAAUUUAGUUUCUAAAAAAUUUCUGGGAAACAUUAGUAAAAUCAUGUAUGGCGAGUAGAUCUAGUUGUGCGCUUAGGCUUUCUUAUUUUUUACAAUGUUAAGAACUAACAAAAAACAAGUAAAAUGGAAACUAUUAUUCUAUUGUUGGAUAAUUGCACUCAUUGCAAAUGUUCAAGGAAGCGUCAGAUUUAUAACAGAGCCUAGCGACAUUAUUACAUCAGCAGGAAAAACAGUUCGGCUUGAUUGUGAAGCAAAGUUUGAUAGUGUUGUUACACAUCCACAAAUAAGAUGGAGAAAUCCUGAUGGAGAAAAUUUUGAUUUUAUUGGAGACACACACAGAUCUGUGUUAAGUAAUGGUUCAUUACUUAUUAAAAAUAUAUUUAACAAUGAUGAAAAAGAGGCAUCUGAAGGAUUUGAAGCAUAUCAAUGUGUUGCGUUUGUUGAUAAUAUUGGUUCAGCUGUUAGUCGUACAGCAACUAUUACUCUUGCUCGAUUAUCUCCUUUUGAAAAACAGCCUAUAAAUCUUAAACUGUCUCCUGGACAAACUGCAUAUUUUUCAUGUGUUAUUAACUCUCAACCAUCACCUAGAAUUGUUUGGCUUAAAGAUCAUUCACCAUUAAUAGUGGAUGAUUCCCGCAUGACAAUAUUCCCAUCAGGAUCGUUGGAAAUUGAUGAUGUGCAUAAAGGAGAUGCUGGGUCAUAUCGAUGUAAUGUCACUGGAUUAGAUAGGCAUAGACUUAGUGAUCCUGGUGUUUUAAUAGUUGAAGACAAUGAAGACCUUCUAAAAAGAUCAAAGGCUCCUGAAUUUGUGGCUAAACCACAUUCAACAAUAGCUUUAGAAGGAUCUGUAAUUACAUUAGAUUGUGCAGCAGUUGGUAACCCUAGACCACAAAUUUCAUGGUUAAAAGAUGGAACUACAAUUGAUGUUUCGUAUUUAGACAGCCGUUUCAGAAUAAUAGGAACAGGUGGUCUUCAAAUUGCCCAAGUAAAUAAGAAAGAUGAUGGAAAUUAUGUUUGUCGAGCUGAAAACCAUGAAGAUUCUACUGAUGUUUCUGCUACACUUGAAGUUCAAAGCAAACCAAUUUUUAUUCGUAAACCUAAAGAUACUAUGGUUCUUGAAAAAGAAGAUGUUACAUUAGAAUGUGAUGUAGAAGGGAAGCCCACUCCACGAAUCAUAUGGUUAAAAAAUGGAGAUAGAAUAAAACAAGACGAAUAUCUCCAAUUUGUUAAAGGUACAAACCUUAAAAUACUUGGCUUAAUGACAAUGGAUACUGGUAUGUUUCAAUGUUUAGCAUCAAAUCCAGCUGGAAAUAUUCAAGCUUCAGCUUUUUUAAAUGUUCUUCAUGCAGACUCUUUACUUAGCACCAACUCAUCCUUAAAUAUAAAUAAUGAUACUAUCAACUCAUUAUCUAUAGCUGAAAAACCAAAGGAUUCAAAGAUAAAUCUUCCAUCAGCACCCAGAUCAUUAGAAGUAAAAUCAGUAUCAACUAGAUUUGCAACAUUAACUUGGACUAACCCUAUAAAAUCAAAUGGAGAUAUCCUCACAUAUACAGUUUUUUACCAGCAAGAAGGAUCUGAUAGAGAGAGAAUGACUAACACGUCUUUAACCGAAAUUACAAUUACGAACUUGCUACCAGACAAACAUUAUUUAUUUAGAAUAACUGCUAUUAAUGAGUAUGGGAUUGGAGAAAGUUCACCUCGUUUAAAAGUUUUAACAAAACCAGAGGUAAACUUACCUGGACCUCCUUUGAAUGUGACAGUGAUCCCUACAUCUUCUUCCUCUAUAUUUGUGUCUUGGGCUAAACCAGAACAAGGAGCUGAAACAAUAAAGGAAUACAAAUUAUUUUAUAUUGAAGAUUAUUCUACUGAAGAAAAAUUUGUUAUUACCAAACAUUCUGAUUAUGAGAUCACAAAUCUUAAAAUUUUUACAAAAUAUAAAGUCUGGGUUGUUGCGUAUAAUCAAAAUGGACAAGGUCCUAGCUCUUUAGAAGUUAAUGUGACGACAACAUCUUCAUCACCAUCUAAACCACCACAAGAUGUUAUGGUGGAAGCUGUUUCUGAUACAGAAAUUUCUAUUAAAUGGGUACCACCACCCAAAUUGAGUCAAAAUGGAGUAAUAACUGGCUAUAAAAUAAGGUAUAGAAAACGAGAUAAAAAGUCUUUUGGAGACACCAUAACAACAGCUGGAGAUCGUACUAGUUAUCAAAUUUCUAAUUUAGAUAAAAAUUCGGUAUACCAAGUUCGUUUAUGGACUUUAAAUACUGAAGGAAUUAGUCCACCAACGGAUUGGUUAACUGUUGAAACAUUUGAAAGUAACCUCAGGGAAAAUACUGUUCCUGAUCCACCAGAGAAUUUUAAAGUGCGAGCAUAUUCAAACUCAUUGGUAGUUACAUGGUCACCACCUAAAGAAAAAGCAAUUAUGGUAAGAAAGUAUACACUAUCUUGGGGUAAAGGCAUUCCAGACGUUUAUGUUGAAGAUUUGGGUCCUAAAACUCGACAAUAUGAAAUUAAGGGCUUAGAAUCUAAUGCUGAUUAUGUUUUGAGUCUUGCUGCUAGUAAUGAAAUGGGUGUCAGUCCAAUAGUUUAUCAAAUGGCUAGCACAAGGGACCAUAAUAUUAAUACAUUAGAAACAAAUAAUCUUAUUCCACCUAUUGGAUUAAAAGCUAAUGUUAUAUCUCCAAAUGCCAUUGAAGUGUCAUGGACUGAUAAUUCUCUCCUUGAUUUUGAUUCUAAUGUUAAUGAUGAACGUUUGUAUAUUAUUCGUUAUAAUGCUUAUGCUCCUGGUAAUGAAAAAUAUAAAUAUUCAAAUACCACUGAUUUGUCAUGCAUUAUCAACGAUUUAAAACCAAAUACACAGUAUGAAUUUACUGUUAAAUUAGUGAAAGGCCAAUUUGAAAGUGAGUGGAGUAUGCUAGUAUCAAAUAAUACCAAAGAAGCCAAACCAGCUUCUCCUCCUAGAGAUUUAACAGCUAUUAAAAUUGAUGACAAGCCUCAAAUGAUAACUUUAAAUUGGCAACCACCAAAAUAUUCAAAUGGACAAAUUGUUGCUUAUAUUGUAUUGUAUUCUAUUGAUGAAAAAAGUCCUGACUCUGAUUGGGUGUCUGAAACUAUUGAAGGUGACUUAAUGUCGUACACUAUUAAAGGACUAACGCCCAAUACAAACUAUUUUUUCAAAAUUCAAUCAAAAAAUUCUGUAGGUUAUGGUCCAUUUAGUACAACUAUCAAUAUAAAAACACUAUCAGCAACAAAUGUACAUAACAGUGAUGGAACAUCUUUAAAAGAUGGAAAAAGUGGUAUCAACAAUACUACUAUUUUAUAUAUACUGAUUGCUUGUUGUUUGCUUCUGAUAUCAUGUAUUGGCAUUGGAAUUGUUUUAUUGUGUUGCAAACAAGACCGACCUAUUAAUAAUAGAAGUAAAAAAGGAUAUAUUAAAGGCUCAACUGGUAAAGCCAUAAAAGCAGCACAAUCUCCGAACUUAAAACCACCAGAUUUGUGGAUACAUCAUGAUCAGAUGGAGUUAAAAUCAAUUGAAAAAUCUUCUCAAGGUUCACUUGAUACAAGUUCUGGUUGUGGCCAAGGUAGUACCAACACAUAUGAUGGUACUGAUACUCGUGUCACAAUUCACCAUGUACCACAUUCUACCAAUUCGUUAGACAAAAGUAACUACGUUUCUUCUUAUGUAGGUAACUCAUUAAUGCAACCUUUAUUAUCAGAAGAAAGAAUGUCUACAUUAAAACGUUCUAAACCUAAACCUGUUGUUUUACCUAUUGAUGCAUUUGAUUCUAUUUAUAAUGAUACUAUGUCAACAUUAUCUAGUCAUGAAUCUCGUUCUCCAUAUCCUAGAUCUCAGUAUGCAACAACAAGAGCUCAUGUUACAGUUGAUUUAACAGCUGGUGCCCCAGAAAACAAUUAUAUUGUCCAAGCUACAACUAUUCCAGAAAAGUAUGAAUCUAUACCAGUAACAUCUACAUCCAGUAUUCAACAGCAUACUGGCUCAUUAAAUACGAGUGAAAAAAGGCAGCAAGGACAUCCUUUGAAAAGUUUUAGUGUACCAGCUCCUCCUCCACAGUCUGCACCAUCAACUCCUCAACAAAAACAUAUAGUUACAGUAAGACCUCAAGGCUCAUCUAGUCCAUACAAGAAACCUAUUACUUAUUCAACAGUUAAUAGUUCACCAACAAACACAGCAUUAUUAAGUGGUCAAAAAAUAUGGAAACCACAAAUAAAUAAUUCUAAUUCCAACGAUCUUGGACCAGAAGUUGAAUCCCUCAGUAAAAUUCAGACAUCAUAUAGCACAGAAGAAUUAAAUCAAGAAAUGGCUAACCUAGAAGGUUUAAUGAAAGAUCUGAGUGCAAUUACUGCAUCUGAAUUCCAAUGCUAGAUUUAAAUAUCAUACUAUUUGACUAUUAUUUUUGGUGACCAUUAUUAUAAAAAUAACUUGUGUAUUUAUCUUCAAAUUUAAUAUUCGUUAAGACUGACCUCUAAUAAAAACAAGAGAACUUAAUUAUUAAACUUGGUGUUCAAUUUUUAUUUUAUUAAUAAAAUUUUUCUAUGUAUAUGUUCUUAAAAAUAUAUUUUUUCAUCAGUAUAUUCAAUCUUUCUUUGUUAAAAGUUGAAAAGACAU